AUGUUUGCUCAACAUUCUGGGCUCUCUGCGUACUUGCGACACUUUUAUGUGUGCCUACGCGCACUUGGUUGUGGUGUCGACUUUCUGGUCCACCAACCAAUGAUCAUCUCUUAUCGAGGGAUCUGCUUUCCCGAAUCCACCAAGGAUGUUAUUGAACUGGAACCUCCUAAGGUCACAGUCAGUAUCUUAUGUUUGCUCAACAUUCUGGGCUCUCUGCGUACUUGCGACACUUUUAUGUGUGGUACAUGGCGUUGA